AUGAUUUAUUAUUAUAAUCGUAGAACUAAAGAAAGUACUUGGGACCUUCCUGAGGGAAUUGAUCCUAGAGACAUUAAGGGAUAUGCGAACAAUCAAGAUCCACAAAAUAUUGACCCAUUAGAAGGUGGAGAUGGUCGUAUCAGAGCUAGUCAUUUAUUGGUCAAACAUGAAAAAAGUAGACGUCCUAGUUCUUGGAAAGAGCCCAACAUAACUAGAACUAAAGACGAAGCAUUGGCUUUAAUUAAAUCCUACCAUUCGCGUAUCAUUUCUGGCGAAAUUACUCUUGGUGAGCUUGCUGUUACUGAAUCUGAUUGUUCAAGUGCAAAACGCAAUGGUGAUUUGAGUUAUUUCGGUAGAGGACAAAUGCAACCUUCAUUCGAGGAGGCUGCUUUUAAACUUAAAGUCGGUGAAUUGAGCGAACCAGUUUGGAGUGAUAGUGGAGUUCACUUGAUUCUUAGAACAGAUUAA